UCAGAAUUCUUUUCAUGGAGCCCUCUGGGCCUGGUGCUGGACUGUAUCUCAGGAAUGGAUUACUUCUUUUUUUUCGUAGAUGUGCUGAUUCUCAGCGCCACGGUGCCGAAUGUCGAAUUCGUUUUGAAUGCUGGUGCCUGCAUGUCUUUGUACAGCGUUAGAUACGAUCCUCGCCGCCACGUGCGAACUUUGAGAAAAUAGGGGAGCGUGGGAAGGUUGAUGAGGGCUGGGGAUCCUUUACGCCUCUCCAACGCUUACGUCCUCCUUCCAGAGGCCCUUCGUCGUGCACUGCGGGGCCGGGUGCGACGACGACGACAACAGUGACGACGCGCCCCUGAUGACAACGAAGAGCCAGCCAUUUUCUCGGUUAUCGCGCUUUGGUGUUUCCUUCAAGUCCAACCCCUCGUCGCGGAACCGAAAUCCGGAAAAACCAGCUGCGGAGGACGACAACUGGUAUAUUCCGUACAAUGGCCCUGUCGAGGCUCCCAGGCGACCGUACGCAAAGCCUAAAGAAAGGGACAGCUGGGGUGACUCGGUGUAUGAUGAUGAUGAUGGGGACGUUGGCAGCCAGCGAGUCGCGCAGAAUGGGUGGGAUAAAGGGCGUCCUAGGGCCCAUACGGAGUCUGCAAUCACGGGAAGAAGUGGAUUCCCUACUCGUUCGUAUGUCAAUGUCGACCCUCCUGGAGGCGUAGGAGAAUCUCCAGCACCUCGAAUAUCCCGCGAAUCUACCUCGAAAUCGCCUUUUGCCAGUAUAUUCUCUUUUGGUUCUGCAAAGAAACGAGCAUCACCGCCCUCAGUUCUGACAAAAACUGAUUCCAACGGCGAUGACGAAGAAUACUACAAUUCAUACUACUCCACGCUGGUCCAAUCUCCACUCAGAAAUCAGUACCCGUCAAGGCCAGACGAUCUCUGUCGUUCUCCAAGCAGUCCUAUUGGCCGUUCUGAAAACACACAUUCUCCAGUAUCCGGCCAGUCAUCACCGACACCGCAUCCUUACGCAUAUGUGUUUCCCACUCCUGAUUACAACGAUCCCCCCGAAAACAGCACCCCUCAUAGUACAGGCAACCCUCAGCGCUCGUCUCUUCACCCUUCGUCUGCUGCUGGUCAUCGACUAACAAAUUCCAUCUCCUCUCCCGAUUUGCGGCUUUCGCCAGCCUCCUCGUCAUCACGAACGCAGCCUAAGUCUUCUAUACUGAAAGGCAAAGAUCGUUGGCUUUCACCAGAGACGUGGUGCGAUGCUCUUUUCCUUCCCAAGCCUCGAUUCAAGGUAAAGCAAGAUGGGAGCGUUCAAUACGGCAAAGGCAGAAUAGUCAGCCCGCCGGGAAGCCCUGUCUUCGCGUCGUUCGGCCAGGCUAAUCAGCCACCAGGUGUCUUGUCUCGCGCUCUGGCCCAAUCUCGGUCGAUGGUUGAUCUUCCCCGUACGGCAAACAAACACGCUCCUGAGCCAUUUUACAUUGGACCGCCACGGCCGCGAAGUCUUUCCCUUGAUGAUCUCGCACUUCCGAGCCCAGUACCGUCAUUAGCUCGGGUACUCGAGGAAGGCCAGAUUCUUGAACAUCAACGUAAAAAAUGGCAGAUGCAGGCUCAGCGUUCAUUUCAGAAUAGCCGCGCACGUAGCCUUUCUCGAGCACGGACCAAAUCACUUAACUCUAAACAGGCCAAGCGGGCGGAGAGUGAUACUGUGAAACAUCCACAUAUCGACUUCCUCGCUGCCCGCUCUCUUUUGGGUAAUCAAGACCCAAUAAAUAUCUCCACAAAAGCUAGGCUGCGCACCACGAGCCAACCCAAUGGCAGUGGCGGACCUACCUUCUCAAGAUCAUCACACACACACUCGAAUUCCCUGUCAAAAACGUCCAAGUCAUCAAAAUCACAUUCUCAGGGUCACUCCAGGAACGAUUCGUGGGGAAAGAAGGUCGUCAAAACAACCGGUGGGGUGCUCUGUGGGUUUGAUGCGUCCGCUUUGACUCCGAACGAAGAGAAAAAGCUACCAUUUGACGAUGCGUUGGCCGGCGAUGGAACGAGAGUCAUUCGAUUUGAAGACCCCUCGUCGGCUCGUGAUUCUGUGGUGCGGUUGACCCCGCCACAGGGAACGUCGCCUACACCAUCUACAGGGACCGACCUGCAUAUGGGUAUUGCGCUGUCUACGCCACCGGUGGAUAUGGAGGAUCGGGAGUCGAUCAGAUUGCCAGCUCAUCCAUACGCGCAAGGAGGGCGGUAUACGUAUACUAGUCCUCCAAGCCGUGGUUCAGAUUAUGCUGGUCCGCAUCCCUCUUCGGUGACUGGUGGGGGUGACCGGGAACGUCUGGAUAUGUCUCAGCGUCACAGACUGCCUCCCCGAGCCUUUAACCAUCCCUACGCCCAGUAUGCCGAUCGUGAUUCGUACAUCGAAAGUGACCGAAUUAUCCCUAAUCCCCGUCCGGAUAGUAAUGUUUCGCCUGCCUCAAAAAUGUGGGCGCAGCUGUCACCUAAUGGGAAGGUGCAGGAGAUACUUCCUGAAGAGAUCAGGUACUCUCCGCUUAUUCACGCAAAGGGAACAGGGUCAAAUAUACGGCAUUCGGGGAAUAUCUUUGAUACUAUUGGUGUUGGGGAAGCGCUCUUUAGUGCUGGUGAGGUUCGGGGUAGUAAGGAUAGUGGACUUGGUGCGAGCGAGGAGCAAGGCGUGCGUGCCCAAGUGGGUGAAAAGCCCCAUCCGUACAGCAACUUCCGACAACCCGUGGCAUAUGAUGUUACCAAACCCUUGUUUUUUCACAGGACCGCGACUGAAAAACCUCUUCCGUCACAACCAGGAGACACGACAGCAACACCGGAACGUCCGGCCCUUGUUCAUGAGUCAUCCUCCUCAACGGACCGGACACCAGAGACCAAUUCGUCCCAGGCUUCACCCCGCCCGCUCGGGAGUCCCGAUGACCUAGAGCAUUUCCAAGACCUCUUUUAUCGACCUAGCCAAGUGAUUGGACCUGCACUAUCUAGGAAUCCCUCUUCUAGAAGCGGGCUCACGACUCUAGCGAAUCAACUCAAGGAGUUUGAGGAGAGGGAACGGCACCUUUCGGUUGGCAGCAGCUCGGGUUCCAGUCGUCCUGGUGGUGGUGAUGGGAUGCAGUUCGUGCUUUCGGAGCGGCCUGAGGGUGCUCGUCGGGGGAGCAUCAUACCUCCGUUCCAUCCGUCUGUGACUAUCCCGGAAGAUGUGGAAUCUUCGCGUGCGUCUUCAGUGAUUGAGCGAUCACCGGUGGAGGCGGCUAGUGAUGAAGCUUUCAAGUUGGGACAAGUAGAGUCCCAGGCAACACCCCUGGCCAUGUCUAGCGCUCAUCGGUCCUCUUUCAUUGGACUCAUGUCCUUCUCACCCGGUCGUAACCCGCCCGAGGAAGAAGAUCCAGACAACACGAUCACAAUGCGGGACUCUCAUGCUCUGCUACAUCCUUCAUCCUCAGGGCAUCCUUCCACUGAUCUCACGCGAAGUAGCUACUUGACUAAUUCAAGUCUCUAUUCGCGAAUGUCCAAUCUCUCUGACUUUCCCGUUCCGCCCGCCCGGGAUGCGCCAGCGCGUGUCUCGUAUACCAGUUCUUACUUUGAUGACCAAUAUACGGCUCGCGAUGCUCGAAGCGUCACGAGUAGCAAGCGUAUGACCUUUGGUGGAGAUGAGGAGAUUGACCAACUACUGGCCAGUCUAUCUACGAGCUGAUUUUCCGGACCGACCUGCCUGUCCUACCAGCCAUAAUAUUGGUUUGUAUCUUUAUUAUUGUUAUACUGUACUUACUUGUGAAUCUUAGAGAGCUGUGCAUGUCUUUCCUGAUCUUUCGUUAUGAUACUUAUUGUCAUUUGAUUCGCUGGGGUUCUGCUUUUCAAUAAUUUAUACGUGUAUAUCUCUUGCAUCACUUUGGAUUGGUAGUACAUGGCGCUGAAAUACCUUUCAUAUAAGGAAAAUAAUAAUACGGAAAUCAGGUGCU